AUGAACUCUCCUCCGGUUAUUCAUGUCGUGGGAACGAACGUGGUAUUGGAAGAAGUCGAUCUUGGCGAUGAUGGCCAUGACCAUGAUAUGAUUGAUCUCGUAUAUGAGCCGCACCAACAGGGAAUCAUCACUGAAACAACUCCAGUUCUUCAUCCUGCCGUACCAUCGGGGAAUGAAAACGAGAAGAAUGCAACGGUAGCCUUAGGAAUGGAUAAGGAACAAAAUGAAAUACUAGAACAGGGCAUGUUCAUGACAGAUGACGCCGAUACGGUUGAGGGCGAUAUCAUAAUCAGUGACAUAGUUGACAAUUAUCGAUGUAACGCUUGUUAUCCAGGAGUAGUGCUGCGUGCUAAAAACCGGUUGUUGUCUCUUAUUGGAUUGCAUUUGAUGGGAUUAUGGUGUAUCCCAAACCUCGAGUUUGAAAAGACCCAACCACAAAAAAUAGACGAAGUAGUCAAAACGCCUCCAGAUUCCAGCCAACCGUUAACGACACCAGCAACACCGAUACCAAACAAAGAAACGCCUAAGAAAAUAAAGACGAAAAAGACACGGAAGGAUUGCCCAUUCUCUACCGUGGUUUUGAUCAUUUUGUUGGCUAUCGCUGCUGGGUUUCUCAGUGGUUACAUCGGCUACUGGGUAACUCGUGAAAAGUAUGAAGCUCAGCUGGCUGCAUUACGGGGUAUGACAGGCGUGAGGAGGAAUACGUGA